AUUUCGGAGUUUAAUGUUGAAUUCCGUUUGCCUUUACGCAUUUUUCUUUUGAAGAUAUAAAUUGUCUUAUUAUGGAGGAAUGUAUGGCAUUGAUGUUCUGCGUAGACUAGUUGUUGAUUGAUUUAUUUGGUUCUUCACUUAGAAAGACCUAAAUUCGAAUUGGUGUUUUAGUUGAGCGUUAAUUUUAUUUUCCUUAUAUUAGGCGCCGCUUCGUUGACCGUUUUCUGAUUUGCAUUGCAGCUUUUGAAUAAAAUAUGCUUUCAGGGGCUAAUGUUGAGAAUGAGGCCGCCGAAGAUAGUGAAUUUGAUGAUUCACUUAGAGAAGAUGAAUCAGAAACUUUGUCUGAUAUUGAUGAUUCUGAUGUUGAUGUGUAUCUUCACAAUGAGGAGGAGAAGAAUAUCAAGAAGAUGCUGUGGGAAAGAGUUAACCGAGUGUAUGUUAUGGAACAGGCAGCCAAGAAAGCAGUUGCAACAGCUAAUAAGAAAGCUUUUGAGGGAAAUUUUGGAAACUGCUCGGAGGAUUUCCUAGCAGCAAGAAGGCUAGCUGCAGCUGCGGCAAAAUCCAGAAAGGGAAUGAAGCAGAGACGAGCCCAUGAAGCAAAAAACAUUGCGCCAACUCAAUCUGCUGCAGAGGCCUUCGGCCAAAUGUCUAAUGAAAAAAAGAGUCUCAAUUCUAAAGUCAAUAUAGAUCGCCUGGAGGAAUUAUUCAAUGAUAUGGAGGAGGAUGAGAUGGGACCAGCGGAUGAUUACUGAAACGUUACAAAGUGCCCUUUCUACUUUUAUUAUCUGUUGUUUUGAGUUGCUAUUCAGCAUGGUUGGCUGCUCAACAGAAGAUUGCCAGAGACUGAAAUCUUUUUGUAUGCUGAGUUUUUCCUCCUAUUUUCUAUUCACUCAUCGCAUGCAUUUGCCAAAAUUUUGGAAGUCUUUUUACAAGGAAAUUGUUAGGUAGGUUUAUCAGCAUCACUCUGUUGUGACACAAAGCAAUGAUUUGGUUGUGUUUCA